ACAGUUCCACGCUUGCCUGGAUAAGGGUCCAAGGUCCAAGAAAACGCAAGGCAAUCUUUCAUACACUUCUGAUUUUGGUAAUAUUGCCAUUUAUGUGUUAGAUUUGUUUCGUUAGAUAUUCUGAUAGAUUCCUGAGAGUGAAACAAGCCCUUCAUACGAAAUCGGGAGUCACCCAGAAAGUGUUUUGUUAGGAGGAAGAGGAAGAGGAAGAGGAGGAUGAGUUCAGCAAGAAGUGUGAGGAAGCUGGAAGUGGUGUCGCCUGUACCGGCAGACAUAGACAUUGCCAAUUCCGUUGAACCGUUUCAUAUCUCUGAGAUUGCCAAGGACCUUAAUCUCAGCUCCAAUCACUAUGAUCUCUAUGGCAAAUACAAGGCCAAGGUUUUGUUAUCUGUGCUUGAUGAGCUUCAAGGAUCUGGAGACGGGUAUUAUGUGGUGGUUGGAGGGAUAACCCCAACUCCUCUUGGAGAAGGCAAGUCUACUACUACUGUUGGGCUGUGUCAAGCUUUGGGUGCAUUUCUGGAUAAAAAGGUUGUUACCUGCCUUCGCCAACCAUCACAAGGACCAACCUUUGGAAUUAAAGGGGGUGCAGCUGGUGGUGGUUACAGUCAGGUGAUCCCAAUGGAUGAGUUCAACCUUCAUCUUACAGGUGAUAUCCAUGCAAUAACUGCUGCAAACAAUCUUCUAGCUGCUGCCAUUGAUACUCGGAUUUUCCAUGAGUCCAGUCAGUCAGAUAAGGCUCUGCUUAAUCGGUUGUGCCCACCAAAUAAAGAAGGAAAGCGAAGCUUUAGUGAUAUCAUGUUCAGACGUCUGAAGAAGCUUGGUAUUUCCAAAACCAAGCCUGAGGAACUUACACCUGAAGAAGUUAAAAGUUUUGCUAGGCUUGACAUUGACCCAAAUUCUAUCACAUGGAGAAGAGUGAUGGAUGUGAAUGAUCGAUUUUUGAGGAAGAUUACCAUUGGCCAGGGGCCAGAAGAAAAAGGGAUGGUUAGGGAAACAGGAUUUGAUAUUUCUGUUGCCAGUGAGAUAAUGGCAGUUUUAGCCCUGACAACAUCUCUAUCUGAUAUGAGAGAGAGGCUUGGAAAAAUGGUGAUUGGAAAUAGCAAGGCUGGUGAACCUAUAACUGCUGAUGAUCUUGGUGUUGGAGGUGCUCUAACAGUGCUUAUGAAAGAUGCUAUUAACCCUACCUUGAUGCAGACCCUUGAAGGGACCCCUGUUCUUGUUCAUGCAGGUCCUUUUGCAAACAUUGCCCAUGGUAAUUCUUCUAUCGUGGCUGAUAAGAUUGCAUUGAAAUUGGUUGGACCAGGUGGGUUUGUGGUCACUGAAGCAGGUUUUGGUGCUGAUAUUGGAACUGAGAAGUUCAUGAAUAUCAAGUGCCGAUAUAGUGGUUUAACACCUCAAUGUGCUGUUAUUGUGGCAACAAUAAGGGCCUUGAAGAUGCAUGGUGGUGGGCCAGAAGUUGUUGCUGGAAAGCCCCUUGACCAUGCUUACUUGAACGAGAAUGUGUCAUUGGUUGAAGCUGGUUGUGUGAAUCUGGCCAGGCAUAUUGCUAAUACAAGGGCUUAUGGUGUAAAUGUUGUUGUUGCUGUUAACAUGUUCUCCACUGAUACACAGGCAGAACUGGAUGCUGUUAGAAAUGCAGCAUUGGCUGCUGGAGCAUUUGAUGCUGUUGUCUGUACUCACCAUGCUCAUGGUGGAAAGGGAGCGAACUGAGUCUUUUUUUUUUUCUUUUUUUUCUUUUUCUUUUUCUAAUGAAAAAAUAGAGAAAUUAAUGUUUU